AUGGGUACAAGUGUUGCAGCCCAUACUUAUCGCAUCCUCUCAAUUGCAAGGACGGUCCUUCUGGUCAUCUACUCAGGGAUGUGGUGUGGCACCUGCUCUCGCCUUCCUCAGCGGUACUCUUCAAUCUUCUUCAAAGUCCCAGCUCCAUACCACACAGAUUCUUCUCAAGAGAGCCCUUGUGAGGACAUCAGUGAAAGGCCACUGCCUUUGGGACACACCAUGGGUCACAAUAACCAAGCUAACCCUGCUAAAAGAAGAGCAAGAUAUUGGGGUAUUUACCGAAGGAGAUUUAGCAAUUGGUCUGAACCUGUGCAUCCUGGCAUGUAUCUUUCAUCCUAUCUGCAGCAAGAUGGAGAUCCAGCAAUGAGUGGUGCCUACGCGGACUCUCCAGUAAGAUACACUCCCUAUGCCAUUCCACGCUAUUAUCAGAGAAGCAAUGUUCAUAAACAAGACCAAACCCUUGUUAACACACAGAGAGAGCAAAAAGCUCCAGAGAGAAGAAUAGAGGGAAACAGACAGGACGGGACCUCAAGGAGCCGGUUCAAGAUCACAAUUCCAUUUGGUAUAAAAUAUAAUGAGAAGUGGCUGCUGAAUUUGCUUCGGAGCCAAUGCAGUGUCCCCUUCAUCCCAGUUGAAUUUCACUAUGAGAAAAUGCAGGCUCACUUCUUCGUGGAGAAUGCCAGUACCGCCUUUGCAUUGAAGAGUAUCAGUGGCAAUAUUUGGGAUGAGGAUAAUGAAAAGAUAACAAUCUUUGUUAACCCCUCUAAUGUAUCCUGCUCUGUGCUGAGCGAGCUGAAGUCAGAAAAGGUGGAGCAGACAAAGCUGACCAUGAACAAACAAUGUAGUGCCUCCCAGCAAUCUCUUAACAUCCAGAGGCUCCCUGUUGACUCAGACUUGAUGGGCUGUGAUGAUGAAAUGCCAUCAAAUCCUAGAAAGAUCAUGGCUGCCUCCCUGCACAUCCAUGAAGAGAACAUGCCCAAGGUGAGGCUUUAGGCUGAGAUGGACAAGGGGAAAGGGCUGGAGCCAGGGGAGAUGCAUGCGGACAGAAACACACUCUGCACCACCAUCCCGGAUAAGUCCAGCAACAUAAACUCCAUCCUAGAAUUGUUCCCCAAGUUAUUACGUCUGGAUGGUCAGGAGUCACCCAGACCAACUUUGUGUGGCAUUGAGACCCAUAAGAGAUUACCAAACUGUAAGGGAAGCUUCUUUGCAUCUGAGAUGCUGAAGAAUCUCGUCCUGCAAUUCCUGCAGCAGUAUUACUUGAUCUAUGACUGUGGAGAUAGACAGGGUCUCCUUGGUGCUUACCAUGACAAGGCCUGCUUCUCUCUGACCACUUCCUUAAAUCCUGAGGACCCAGCCCUGAACAACUUGUGUGAGUACUUCAAAAUUAGCAGGAAUAUCAAAAUGCUCAAGGAUUCCUAUCUGUGGGGGCAGCUACUGAAGCACACAAAACGUGACAUUGUGGACACCCUCCAUUUGUUGCCCAAAACUCGGCAUGAUCCCCACUCCUUCCUGGUGGACUUGUGGUUCCAGACGGAAACGAUGCUCUUCUUUUCUGUCAGUGGCAUGUUCAAGGAAGUAGAAGGAAAGUCUCCAGGAUGUUACCGUGCCUUCACCCGGACCUUCAUCACUAUCCUUACAAGCAAUGCCAGUCUAUGUAUUAUGAAUGACAAGAUGUUUGUGUGGAACACCAGCCCCCAAGGGACCCAGAGCACCUUUUCUAUCCCAAUGUACACACCCUCCUGUAGCUCUGUGCCUGUCCUUUCCCGGGAGCAGCAGGCAAUGGUACAGGCGUUCUCUGCCCAAUCUGGGAUGAACUUCGAGUGGUCUCAGAAGUAUCUUCAUGACAACCAGUGGGACUACACCAGAGCUGCUCAGAUUCUUGCUCUGCCCAAGUAUGAGUAUUUCCCUGUUACCUGA